ACGCCGAGACAACAAUAAUGGCCGCUCCCAAGCUUGCGAAGUUCGGCACGAAUGUGGCCAGGGGAGUGGGGAGACUCUCGACCGAGAUCAUGGAGUCUGGCUCCGGCAGCUACGUCACCAUGACGAGCGGGCGGAAAUACUUGGACUUCACAUGUGGCAUUGGCGUUGCGAAUCUCGGACACUGCCAUCCCACUGUCACCAAGGCCGCUCAGGAACAGGUCGGCAAGCUAGUCCACGGCCAAAUCAACAUUGCCUUUCAGAAGUCCUACCUCGAACUUGUGGAGAAGAUGCUUCCCGUUAUGCCCGACAAAUCCCUUGAUACCUUCUUCUUCUGGAACUCCGGUGCUGAAGCGGUCGAGGCGGCGAUCAAGUUAGCCCGCCAUGCGACAAAGAAGCAGAAUGUCAUCGUGAUGCAGGGUUCCUACCACGGCCGUACGUUCGGCACGAUGGCCAUGACUCGCAGCAAAACAGUGUACGGUCAAGGAUAUGCACCACUCAUGCCUGGCGUCUUCUCUGUGGCCUUUCCAUACUGCGCUCAAUGCUCGAUUGCGAAGCAUACAGGCGGCAAAUUUGGGUAUGACAACUGCUGCAUGGAUCCAGUCCUCCAGCUGGAGCAUCUGUUGAAGCGCGAGACUGCACCCAGUGAUACGGCGGCCAUUAUCAUCGAGACUGUUCUGGGAGAGGGCGGAUAUGUACCACCGCCGCCCGGCUAUCUGGAGAAGGUCAGGGAGAUCUGCGACAAGCACAACAUCUUGUUGAUAGCGGAUGAAGUGCAAUGCGGGUAUGGGCGGACGGGAAAGAUGUUCGCAGUGGAGCACUUUGGCGUCCGGCCGGAUAUCCUGAUCAUGGCAAAAGGGAUUGCAAAUGGCUUUCCACUUUCUGCGAUUGCCUCACGGAAGGAGCUGAUGGAUACGCAGCCGCCGGGUAGCAUGGGCGGGACUUACGCCGGGAAUGCUGUGUCUUGCGCAGCUGGUGUUGCUGUUCUGGAUGCAUUCAAGAAUGAAGGUAUUCUUGAUAACGUCAACUUGCGAGGGAAGGAACUAAAGGGCAUGCUCGAGAGUUGUUGGAGGGACCCGAGUAUGGGAAGGAUCAUUCACGAUGUUCGCGGGUUGGGCUUGAUGCUGGCGCUAGAGUGCAAGGAUGGGCAUGGCUAUGCGAGCAAGAUCCAGGCGAAGUGUAUGGAGAAGGACCUGCUGUUGCUGACGACUUCAAUACACGACACGAUACGGUUCAUCCCGCCGUUGAAUGUGUCGGCGGAGGAGAUGGCUAAAGGAUGUCGGAUAAUACAACAGGCGAUUAAGGAGGUCGCCGAGGGGGCUAAUCCGGAGGAGACGGGGUCGAAGGGACAGGCGUUAGAGUAAUCGAUAUGCUGUAGCGGAGGCUGGCCGACUAGGCUUUAAAUCUCUGUCGAGGAGCUUACUCUCUUAGCUUAUAGGACGCUGUAGGAGAGAGGAGCGGCUUGCAUUGCAGCUCGUUCGAGGAGAUAAGCUGUUGGUAAUCUUCUUAUUAGCAUUAGCUAAGCAACGCAAAUGUACGAGCAAAAUUAGCCCGAA